AUGGUGACAGAAAAAGAGCUCCUGGCGGCCAUAAAAUCAAUGGGUUCCACGUCGGCAGACACGAGCGUCGGCGCAGAAACGACCACAACGAACCACCCCAUGGCGCCUCACAACGAUAUCGAGGCCUUUCACCAAGUGCUGCGGUCUAGCCGCCGUAUCCUCGCCCUUUGUGGCGCAGGGCUGUCGGCUUCAAGCGGUCUACCAACCUUCCGUGGUGCCGGAGGCUUUUGGCGAAACUACGAUGCCACACAGCUGGCGACGGUGCGAGCCUUCAAGAUGGACGCUGGUAUAGUCUGGCUGUUUUAUUCAUAUCGGAGACAUCUUGCCCUCAAGGCAGAGCCAAACAUGGGGCACAGAGCCUUGGCCGCGCUGGCCAGGCGGAACAUGGACUUUUUGUGCUUGACACAGAAUGUCGACAACCUCUCACAGCGAGCUGAACACCCUUCUUCACAACUCAAGUGCCUCCACGGCUCCCUCUAUGAUAUCAAGUGUUCAAACGAGAGCUGCGACUGGAUACAAAAAGGAAACUUUGACGAUCCCUUUUGUGCCGCGCUCGCUCCCGCCUCUGUAGAUAUGCCCAAUGGCGAGCCGCUUCCGCUCCUGGACCCGUAUCAUAGAGUGAAGCACAUCGGGGAAGAUGAAAUUCCCAAGUGUCCUCAAUGCAAAAAAGGAAUUCAGCGCCCCGGGGUUGUGUGGUUUGGAGAGGAUUUGGAUGCGAGUAUGAUGAUGGAUAUAUCGGCAUGGAUGCGUGCCGAGCCAAUACGGCUAACCAUGGCUCUCUUGCCGCAAAAGGACCUCAUGUUCGUCAUUGGAACCUCUGCUCAGGUGCAUCCUGCUGCCAGUUACAUCGACAAGGCGAGAAAGCGAGGCGCGCGCAUCGUCACCAUCAACCCCGAAGCGGAAGACGAGGCGGAAAUGUACAAGAUUAAGCCGGGAGACUUUGCCUUUGGCAGAGAUGCGGCCGAAUAUCUGCCGAUUCUGCUGGAGCCUGUUAUCGGCAAGCCGGAUGAAGAGGGCGAGUUUGGGAUGCCCUGA